UGCAGUAGAAUUAGUCUACUUGAAAACCAUGAGUUCAACCAAACCCCUACGCUGAGUAUUCGGCACACCAAUAUGAAAGUUAAAACAUGUUAUCUCGUGUAAUAAGCAUCAAACAAUCCCUUAAACAUCGAACUAUUGAAGUGUAAAUCCUCUGUUGUCUUCUCUGAGACUUGUUCAUGGAGCUUCACAACCUCAAUAUUCUCAGCAUAAUAUUGCUCCUAUAUUUGUUCCCUCACCCACUCAAGUGCCAACAAGUAUACCUCAACGACACUGUCUAUGAAUGCUCUAUCAACCCUUCUGUACCAAAAGGAUAUCUUUGCAAUGGCCAUCAAAAGUCAUGCACUUCCUUCUUAAUUUUCAGGUCCAACUCUCCAUAUGACAACGCUGAGAGCAUUGCUUACCUUCUUGGCUCUGAAGCAUCUAAUAUAGCCUCAAUCAACAAUAUCUCAAGCAAUGAAAAGAUUGCUUCCAACAAGUCAAUCAUUGUUCCUGUCUUCUGUUCAUGUUCUGGAAACAUCUACCAGCAUAAAACACAUUACACAGUCAAAAAGAAUGACAUCUACUGGGCGUUGGUAAAAGAAACCUUCCAAGGCCUCACCACCUGCCAGGCAAUAAUGGGUCAGAAUUACUAUGCCCCUGUCAAGAUUGCAAUUGGUGCUGAUCUCACAGUUCCUAUAUUGUGUGCUUGUCCCACUGAAAAUCAGACAGCAAGAGGUUUCACCUCUUUGCUAGUUUACUUGGUGAACUCUGGUGACACCAUUAAGUCCAUAGGAGAGGCUUAUGGUGUGGAUGAACAAAGUAUACUAGAGGCCAAUGAGUUGUCAGCUCUACGAAGUAAAAACAGUAGCGUGGACCUCCUUGCCUUGACACCUAUUUUAGUUCCUCUAAUAGGGAAGAGCUGCAAAGAGAACCCAGAUAGAUUCUAUUGUAAAUGUUACCAAGAACCAGAUGGAAGCUCCCAGGGGAUCUUCUGUGAUGAAUCUGAUGGUCGGGAUUUCCCUGCAAAAGUGGUUGCUGCUUUAGGUGUUGGACUUGGUGUAUCCUUUCUGUGUUUGUUUCUUUUGGGGUACAAGUUAUAUCAAUGCAUACAGAAAAGGAGAGAAAGUAUCCGUAAGGAAAAGCUAUUCAGGCAAAAUGGUGGCUACUUGUUACAAGAGAAGCUCUCAUAUUAUGGAAACGGAGAAAUGGCAAAGCUUUUUACAGCUGAGGAGCUACGAAGAGCAACAGAUAACUACAACAGGAGCAGGUUUCUUGGUCAGGGAGGCUAUGGCAAGGUGUAUAAAGGAAUGUUACCUGAUGGAACCAUAGUUGCAGUUAAAAAGUCCAAAGAGAUUGAAAGGAACCAGAUAGAGACUUUUGUCAAUGAAGUGGUCAUUCUUUCUCAGAUCAACCAUAGGAACAUUGUCAAACUCUUUGGUUGUUGUCUUGAGACAGAAUCUCCCUUACUAGUCUAUGAAUUCAUUCCCUAUGGAACACUUUCUCAUCAUAUCCAUAGGAGAGACAAUGAACCAUCCCUUGCUUGGGAAAUUCGCCUUAGAAUUGCGUGUGAGGUUGCUGGCGCAGUAGCAUAUAUGCAUUUUUCAGCCUCUAUUCCCAUUUUCCAUAGAGACAUCAAACCCACCAACAUACUUUUAGACAGUAACUACAGUGCCAAAGUGUCUGAUUUUGGAACAUCAAGAUCAGUGCCAGUAGAUAAGACUCACUUGACCACAGCUGUUGGAGGAACUUUUGGGUACAUAGACCCUGAAUAUUUUCAGUCUAGUCAAUUUUCAGAUAAAAGUGAUGUGUAUAGUUUUGGGGUUGUGCUUGUGGAGCUCAUAACUGGGAGAAAGCCUGUUUCAUUCUUGAAUGAAGAUGAGGGUCAGAAUCUAAUUGCACAGUUCAUUUCUUUGAUGAAGGUGGACCAAGUUUCUGAAAUUUUAGAUGCCAGGAUUCUCAAGGAAGCAAGGAAAGAUGAUAUUCUUGCCAUUGCAAAUCUUGCAAUGAGAUGCUUGAGACUUAAUGGGAAGAAAAGGCCAGCUAUGAAAGAGGUUUCAGCAGAAUUAGAAGCAUUGAGAAGUGUUCAAAGCUCCUCCCAGAUCAACCAUGAUCAUGAGCACACCACUAGUGAUACAGUUCAUGAAUUCACAGAGGAAACCACGUCAUUUUCCUUACGACUAGAGUCCACAUCCUUCUAGGAAACCAGAUUGAUGUAAAGCGAUUCUUCUUUAACUAUGCUGUAAUGUUUCAUUUUCAUCUAUUAGCAUGUGUAUACCCUAAUA